AUGCUCACCCGAGAGGACAGCCACAACACCAAUAGCUCGGCGAAGGAGGACGACGGCGAGGAAGAAGAGGAGGAGGACAACGAUGAUGAUGAGGAGGAGGAAGAUUUAGAUGAUGAACUGGCGGAGGAGCUAAGGAAGAGCUUCAGUCGCAAGCUCAAGAAGAAGACGGAGAAUGAAAACAUGAGCGAGGGAAAAGGCGGAGGUCGAGGAGAUAGCCAGCGGAGCACUGGACAGCUUCAGCAGCAACAGCAACAACAAGGAGCCUUCAAUCAGUUCAAGCCGCUGACACUGACUGAAAAGCGCUUCCUCCUCGCCGUGGUCCGAGGCGAUCAGCCCGCAGUGAGGCGCCUAAUUCACGAAUCACGCCCCCAAGAGCUGAACAUCAACUGCUGCGACCCUCUGGGCCGAAGUGGCCUGCUGAUGGCCAUCGACAAUGAGAACCUGGAGAUGAUUGAGCUGCUGAUUGACGCCGGCGUCGAGAUGAAGGACGCACUGCUGCACGCCAUCAAUGAGGAGUUCGUGGAGGCGGUGGAGCUGCUGCUCGACCAGGAGAGCGUCACACAUACGCCAGGGACGCCUCAUUCGUGGGAGAGCACCGACACCGAGUGCGAGACCUUCACCAGCGACAUUACGCCGCUGGUGCUGGCCGCCCACCGCAACAACUACGAGAUCAUCAAGAUACUACUCGAUCGCAACAUUUCCCCGAUUCCCGCUCCACAUGACGCCCGCUGCGGCUGCAAGGAGUGCCUCGCUGCCAGCAAAGAAGACUGCCUGCGCUACUCUCGCUCGCGCAUCAACGCCUACAAGGCGCUCUCCUCGCCCUCGCUCAUUGCCCUCUCCAGCAAGGACCCCAUUCUGACGGCCUUUGAGCUGGCCUGGCAGCUGCGCCGCCUUUCAGUCCUCGAGCCGGAGUUCAAGAAUGAGUACCUCGCCCUGCGAAAGCAGUGUCAGAUGUUCGCCACCACACUGCUCGACCACACGCGCACCUCGGAGGAGCUGGAACUACUGCUCAACUACGACCCGAAUGGCGACCCGCUGGAGAAUCACGACAGAAUGCAAUUGUCCCGCCUGAAGCUGGCAAUUAGCGUUCGCCAGAAGAUGUUCUGCGCCCACGCCAACGUUCAGCAGCUGCUCGCCAGUAUCUGGUACAAGAGCGUGCCCGGCUUUCGCCGGCGGAACAUCGUCGCGCAGACGCUGCAGCUGAUCGGCAUCGGGGCGCUCUUUCCGCUGCUCGCCCUCGCCUACAUCCUCGCCCCCCGCUCCGCCCUGGGCCGCUUCACCAAGAAGCCCUUCAUCAAGUUCAUCUGCCACUCCGCCAGCUACGUCUCAUUUCUCGUUCUUCUGAUGCUCGCCUCGCAGCGGAUUGAGAACAACCCCUUCUUCGGAAGUGGCUUUCUCUUUAAUGUCUCCUCAACAGGAGCACUGCCGUCGUAUAUUGAACUCGCCAUCAUCGCCUGGGUCUUGGGCCUAAUCUGGAGUGAAAUCAAGCAACUGUGGGAUCUGGGCAUCAACGAGUACAUGAGCGACAUGUGGAACAUUCUCGACUUUAUCAACAACUCACUGUACGUGGCGACGAUCACCCUGCGCGUCAUCGCCUACUACCAAACGCAGCGGGAGAUCCAGUUUGGGACCAUCAUGUACGACAAGCGGCAGAUGUGGGACGACUUCGACCCGAUCCUCCUCUCGGAGGGCCUCUUCGCCACCGCCAACAUCUUCAGCUCGCUGAAGUUGGUGUACAUGUUCUCGGUCAAUCCCUACCUGGGGCCGCUGCAGAUCAGCCUGGGGCGGAUGGUGAUAGACAUUCUCAAGUUCUUCUGCAUCUACCUCCUGGUGCUCUUUCCCUUUGCCUGCGGCAUGAACCAGCUGCUCUGGUACUACGCCGAGAUGGAGAAGCAGAC